CGACCAAAAACAUCAAAAUGCCUCACACUUCCCUGGAACAAGAUACUAUCGUGGGUGUCAUGGCACCUCCCAAUUCUCCAUUGGGAGGUGCCAUGCCAUCCACAGACAACCUUGCUGGCUUGUCUUUGGCUGCGCUGGAGAUUGGAGAAGAGAAGAAGCCUGUGCUUGUGGUGGGAAUCUCCGGAUGCACCUCGUCUGGAAAGAGUUUGUUGGCGUCACUUUUGGCGCAGGUUUUUGGUGGUUCUGUUCUCAUGCACCAGGACUCCUACUUCCAACCUAAGGCAUUAUGCCCUUUCACCACCUUCCGAAACACCAAAGAAGACCUCCCUUUCAUGUUCAAAACCAUGACCAACAACGAAACUGGCGAAUACUUUAUCACCAGCGAUGGCUAUGCAACCACAAACUAUCAUGUCACUGGUCCAGACACCGAUUGCGACCAAGCAAUCGACUUCAUGUCAAUGCUGGGCAUGAUCACCCGCGUUAUCGGCACAGGCAUUCUCCCAGACCAAAUCGAACCUCCCGGAGACCCUGGUCUCCUUCUUGGCCACGACUCCAACCCUACUGCUGAAUUCAUCAAACACUCACACGACUUAUCGUCCUACGAAAGUCUGAUCCAAGAACUACGCAUCCACGUCUCCAAGAAAGUCAGACAUCACGCCGCCUCGAAUAUCCGAAACAACCAAUUGGGCAAAUACAUCCAGUCACCCGCUAUGAAUGGCUACGCUCAUGGCUCCAUCGACCUUGUUGAUGUCACAAAGAUGCUACCUGUGAUCUGCUUCAUCGAAGGCUUCCUCCUUUUCACCGACCCUACGAAACCUCAGACCGUCGCCCCAAUUUUCGAUUUAGACACCGAGCAACGCGCCCUCCACAUCCAAUACCAAACUAUCGCAGACCUCACUCACGAACUAGCCGUCACGGAACCCAAUGACCCCUUCUCCGUCGAGGCACGCGAGGAAAUUGAACAGGAGAUCUGGGACAAAAAUCUAGAGGCCAAGACCCGGAUGCAAGCUGUCAUGGGUCUAAAGUUGUUUCUGCCCACAGGCAAGGAGACGGCGAUGGAGAGACGUUUUGCGAGGAGCGAAUAUAGGGAUUGGCCUGAGGGAGAGAGAGCUCCGGGACAGAUGUGGAAGACGGGUGGGUAUUUUGAGAGCGUUGCUUGGAAGAACUUUCAGAGGACCCAUGGAUGGAUGGCUCGUGGAGACGUGGUCGAGGAUGAGAAGUGUGGGUUUGUGGAGGAGGAGUGCAUGGGGGUUUGUGUUAGACCGAAGCUUGAUGCUGGGAUUGAGGAGACGUUGAGGUGGGCUGUCGAGGCGGUAUUGUGUCGUUUGUGCAGAGAGGAUGUUGAGCCUGAGACUGAGAUGGAAGUUUCUGAUAUUGAGGAGAUUUGAAUAUCUUGCUGCGAUGGGGACACUCUCGAUUGGUUGGGGGAGUCUGGAGAUGCAUUUGAGUUCCUUUUCACAGGCGUUUCGGAGAAUCUGAAUGUCCAGCACAGCUCGGGACUUUCAGAAUGAACACAACAGUAAUGGCAUUGGUG